ACCGUAUAGGGCGAUGUGAUGUCACUCAGUCAGUCACGACUGUGCGAGGCGUGCGGCAUGUGUGUGUCAGGUCUCUGCAUGGAGAUAGUCACACUGGGCUGUAUCCCGGGCUCAGAGGGAGGUGACGCCGGCAGGAGCGGGUUGUAAGAUUACUCAACGGCGCAGGAAACGAUUUACAGCAGCGGACUACAGAUUCACUGUGACUAUAGAUUUUGGGAUGCCAUUACUUGGUGUUUAGCUGCUGCAUAGAGAGUUAUGGGGAAAAGAAAAACGCAUGUUAAAAUAAAAUACAGAAUGAUUGAUCCCUCCCAGCCGCCAUCAGAAUGGUUACAAGACAGAUACAGGGGACCCAGGAAGCAAGGUCAGAAAAUGCUGCUGUAGUGUCCCGCUUCCCGCCAGCUGCAAAGAAACCUGUAGAUGAAGCUAAAGAGUUCCUAUCACAAGCCUUAUCGUGGGGACCGAGUAACAUCCAUCCCUCUGAACGCACAUGGGGCGAUGUCAUGGAUUCCAAUGAAAAGGUCUCUUGGAUCCAGAGUCAGUACGCCAAAUACAUACCUGCUCUGAAGCGAUCAAAGGAUAACCUGGCUAAAUCAGGUCGCACUAACACUGAGACUUACUCUGGGCUGGAAGAAAGAUUUGGUGAUGGGAAUGACGAUUCUACACAUCUUCCCGAAGAAGUCAGCGGUCACCAUUCUCAAGAAACGGUUUUGACAUAUUUUAUACAUUUAUCCAAAAAUGAAGGGGAGCAGAUUAGUUUCGAUAAGAUCAGUAGGCUCAUCGCCAAAGGCUCUGAUGUGAAUGAGGAGGACAGAUAUGGACAGACCGUGAUGCAUGAGGUGGCUAAAAGUUGGCACAUUGAAGUUGCCCAGUUCCUGAUUGAAAGACAGGCUGAUAUAAACACGCUGGAUCACUAUGGUGUCACCCCAUUGCAUGUGUCUGCUGCUCUGGAUUAUCCUGAAAUGGUCACCCUGUUAUUAAAGCAUGGAGCUAAUAUUAAUGCACCAACAAAUGGGAAACAGACGCCCCUGCAUUACGCUGCUAAAUACGAUGCAGUCAAUUCGCUGAAAGCUCUGUUCAAGGAGGGGGCAGACAUCCACGCUCGAGAUCACAAGCAGCGCACUCCUCUUCACCUGGCCGCAGAACUGGACCGCAGCGUAGCGGCACGUCUGCUGCUAAACCUCAAAUGUGAUGCAAGUGUUCAAGAUGAUACCGGACUGUCCUGUCUGACUAUGAUGGUAAUGAAUAUGCCGCCUGUGGCCUUCCUGGCAUUGGAUCAGCUGCAUACGAAGGAUCGGGCAAACCGAAAGCAGCACUUUUAUCUGAACCACGUGGAACCGCAGACCUCAGGUUUCCAUGGAACGCAAGCCAAGUCUCCACUGGAAGUCAUCGUCCGAUCCCGUCAGCUAGACAUUAUCAUGCACCCAGUUAUCCAGAAAUUAAUUGAAGUCAAAUGGAAUUUGUUUGGCAGAAAGAAAAUCGCUAUAAUGCUGUCACUGAAUCUUCUAUUCAUCAUUUCAUGGACAGCUCUGGGAAUUGCAUCCUCCCUGCGUAGAGUGGAUGCCCCUUAUAAAUUUCCGGAGGACAGCUGGAGAAUUAUUGUCAUUUUCAUAGCCCUGGGCCUAACGCUUUAUCAGAUCGCGGAAGAAUUUAAAGAAAUCUAUCAGUCAAAGGUCAAAAUUAAUCUCUGGAAAGAAUGGCGGAAAAAGGAACUGGAGAAAGAUCUGAAAUAUUGUCAUCCAAUGUGGCCAGAGGAAAAGGAAUAUUUGCAAAAUGUUACAGAAGGUGUAGAGGAAAUGCAGCCAGCGUACUUCAGAGACUUCUGGAAUGCCUUCGACUGGAUUGUGUACUUUCUGCUCCUGGCUGUGAUCCUUACUCACAUUGCUGAUGUGAUUGUAUGGCGCAAUGCUAAUCUACAUACAUCUCACGUCCGUAUUUUUGCUGUCACCAUCAUUUUCCUCUGGCUGCGGCUAAUGAAGCAUGCAAGAGCCAUCCGUCUUCUUGGCCCUUUCAUUGUGAUGCUGGGAAAGAUUGUUACCGACUUGCUCAAAUUCAUGUUUCUAUAUGGAGAAUUCUACAUCCCUUACGCCUGUGCAUUCUGGAUCAUUUUCGGAGGUCUAGUAGAGAACAUGAACAGUGUCCCUCAGAUGAUGUACACCGUAUUCCGGAUGACGCUGGUGGAUGAUUAUAACUUUGGAGACAUGUAUGCUGUUGACCCUGUCAUGGCCUAUAUACUGUGUGGCACAUUCCUUGGAGUCUCGUCCAUUCUCUGUAUCAACCUACUGAUAGCACUACUGGCAGACACGUUUCAAAGGGUCUAUGAUAACGCAACAGCAAAUGCAGCAAUGCAGCAGGCUACUAUGCUUCUGCAAAUAGAGGAAAACCUGAGCAAAAACAUGAAAUCAAAGAUUGGGGAACACAUCCACGGCAGCUGUGCUCCUUUAUCCCUCUUCUAUGACGACGAUCUCACUACAGAUCAAGAUGAAGACCUGAAAAAAGUCACAAUUCAGAUUAAGGAAGAAUUAGGGGAACUGAUGCAGCUAGUGAAGGAGAGGAAGCUAAAGAGUGACUUAUCGAGUAUUCAGAAGAAAAGAAGUAACCAUGGAAACGUAAAAUCCAGCCCGCCAUGGAAUCACACCAAUUGCCAGCAUAGGCAGGUGCUUCAACAACAGAGUUCAGAAAGUUCACAGUCGUUAGCAAUGCUGAUAGCGAGUCAGCAUGAGCAGAGAGCGGCACUGAUGGAGAUGAGCCAGAAGCUGCAGGGCCUAGAGAGGAUGAUUCACCACAGUCUGCAGACCAGAGUUGCCCUAGGUGACCCCCCUACAUCAGUGUUGGGGGAAAUGCAGACCGGCGGCAACAUGUCACUGGACACGGAAGACUAUUCAAGAAUGGGACUUACAACGCUUCACUCAUCAGGACAGCUGUAUAGUGACCCUGAAUCUCAUCAUACAGUGGGAAUUAUUGGAAGAUCUAGAGAUCAGUUAUCACACAGCAAUGAAUGAACAGUAAUGACGGUAUGGGAGGAGUGAGAUGAAAUUUACAUAUGAGUUCUGUGGAGGAAUCUCUAACCAGAAGACAAUGAACAUGGUCUUGGUUCUAGGCAUGUUGUUGAUGGCCGUGCGCAUGCGUUUAGUCUGUCAGCACCGCUCCCUCUCAUUACAGACACCAUGGUCAUUAAAUCUAAGCCUUGUAUGUAUAGAGUGGUUUGUGCAACGUUCUCAGUGGUUAUCUUGUACCUGUGGUUGAUCUGAGCCAAAGACUGACUGAUUUUUUUAUUAUUUUGUUAACAGAACAAUUGUUGUUGUGUGUUAUUGAUAAAGGCAGGGAUCACUUCUUAAUCCCUGCUCCGGUGUACAGGCUAUUUACAGCCUAUUUAUUUACAUGAUAUGCCAUCUGUUCCAUGGUGGAAUGUAGUGAUAUGUAACAGUGACAGCCACAACGAUGCAUAUGAGGGUCUGAGGAGCGCACUUCAAGGUGAAGGCCCUCCGUUUUUUGAGACAUGCCAAGGUAUGCUGAGAGGCAGAAAUAUUUUAAGAGGCACUUUGUGCAUAUCAUAGAUCUCCCACAAGUCAUGGAAUACUCCUACACUAUUGUGGUUUCACGGAAUACACGGAGAAGUUCCAUUACACCUGCAUUAAAAUCUACUUCAUGUGCACAAGUGUUCUCUGCAUAAUGUACAAUAUCGAGCAUGCAAUUUUCUAUGCUAUAAUCACCUUCAGUCUCUAGUCCACCUGCUGAUCUCACCCCCCCCCCCCCCCCCUCCUCACUGCACCUGCAAGACAGACAGGCAGCAGCGUCAGGCACUUCCGUCUUCCAUGCUGCCCUCUCCUCUCCAGUAGACAUUGUGGUAAGAGGCACUACUACGGUGGGCAUUAUGUGGGUAAGGGUGUCAGGAAUCGACUCACCAAGCUGACAUCCGUCCGCCGUUGCGGACUCCGACCUGGCUCCCUGCGGUCACCUGUCGUCCGUGUCCCUGCCUCUGGACGCCAUCACGGGCCUGGGAGCGCUCCUGAGACAGCAGGCGUGUAGCACGCCGCGUUCCCGCUAGGCCGCGGCAUGGGCGCCGCCAUGACAGUUCACAACAACCAGCAUACAGCGGCCAAUCCGGUGCUUGGCCGCACCCACUUUCCCUCACUCAUCCAAUGCCUGUGCACCAAGGGGUACAUAAGAGACUGCAGGAUCAGUCUGCAGCCAUCCUGGACUUUGUGUCACUCCUGCGACCCAUGUGAAAGGAUCUGUACCUGUUCCUUCCGUGUUCCUGGCUCUCUACUGAAAGACUUGUACUCCUGGUUACUCUGCACAGCUCCGUGGAACUUCAAGGCCCAGCAAUACCUGCAACUUCAAACAGGCUUCACACUCAUCACCACCUUGUGUGCUUCAGCCUUGCAGUUGAGACUGACUCCAGGUGUGUUCCAUUCCUCCACCUGUGAUACAGCUUGCUGCUGUCAGUGCUUCACCACCUGCACUGUGGAUAGUCAGACUCCUGCCUCUGCUACCAGGUUUGCCAUUCAACACCUUACUGCCAAAGUUUCCUGUUUUAAACCUGCACUGGUUUCCAAACCAGAAUCAUCUUUACAAGCACCUGUUCUUCUGUUUAUUAUAUUACCGGUUAUUAUUUCUCCAGUCAUCUGUCAUCCUGUUGCCAUAGACUUUCAGCUAUUACGCUGUGUGAUUGACAUUUCCAUUUGUUAUUAUUAUUUCUGCUGCCAUUCUGUUUAUAUCAUCUGCUAAUAAAUAUCAUUGCGCUCAUGCGCAGGAACGUUAUCCAGCUUCCUCGUUUACUCCCAGCUACCUCCACUGACCCACUAGCGCCCCCUCCGGGGACACAGCCAAAACACAAUCUGACAGUAAGUCCAGGAACGAUGGACUCGGAUGGUGGACGGAGUGUGGGGUCAGAGGCCUUGCAAAAUCUGGUCUCCCGUCUGGAUGGUCAAGAGGCUGCGCAGCAGCAGAUGUUUCAAUUCCUGCAAGG